AUGGGUCAAGUGCAAUUUCCACAGGAGAUCGACCAAGAAGAACAGAGGAACGACGCCACGAAGAAGAAAGGAACUGGGCUGCCUGGAGUCAAUGUCCUGGCCUGCUUUGGGCCUAAUAAAUCAGUCGGGCUAUCUGGAGCUAAUGGAAUUGGGCCUAAUAAGUCAAUUGGGCUGUCUGGUGUCUUGGCUUGUUUAGUAGAUGAUUUUAGACCUAACGAGUCUAUGCCAGCUAGUGAAUUUAGGCCGGAUGGAAUGGCCCUUAAUCCAAUAAAUGGGCCCAAUGGGUCAACCCAUCAAAGCUUAAUGGAAUUGGUAGUAGACAAGAAAGAACAGGAGAACUACAACACCGGAGACAAUACAGCUAAUACUCAGACGCCGCCGGCUGCCUAUUCCGUUCCCGCCGACCUAGAAAUCGAAGAACGCGAGCGCAUCGCACUCGAUCUCAAAGCUGGUCUUCACCCUCUCAAGCACAAAUUUGUAUUUUGGUACACUCGCCGAACACCAGGAGUUAAAACUCAAACAUCAUAUGAGGACAAUAUAAAGAAGAUCAUAGAAUUUAGCACGGUUGAAAGUUUCUGGGUCUGUUACUGCCACUUGGCUCGGCCCUCCGCAAUGCCAAGUCCAACUGAUUUACAUCUUUUCAAGGAGGGUAUUCGUCCACUGUGGGAGGAUUCUGCUAACUGCAAUGGUGGAAAAUGGAUUAUUAGAUUUAAAAAGUCUGUCUCAGGCCGCUUUUGGGAAGACCUGGUUCUAGCUCUAGUGGGAGACCAACUUGAUUAUGGCGAUAACAUUUGUGGUGCAGUAUUAAGCAUCCGUUUUCACGAGGACAUAUUGAGCGUGUGGAACCGCAAUGCAUCUGACCAUCAGGCGGUAAUGGCACUGAGGGAUGCUAUCAAGCGACAUCUCAAGCUUCCCCAUAGCUAUGUAAUGGAAUACAAACCCCAUGAUGCUUCCCUUCGUGACAACUCUUCAUAUAGAAACACUUGGCUGAGAGGAUAG